GCCUACCUAGCUCCGCCCCUGAAUAGAGUAAGUAACAUAGUUAGGCGAAAGAAAUCUAUAUGCAAACACAUGUCAUUUAUCUAUUGAUUUGAUAUAAACACUAUGUUGUUGACAGGGUUUUACUCUUGGAGAGUCGGGUCAAAAGUUCACUUUCAUUAUUGAUAAUACUCGUUAAAUCUGAUUAAUCCUUUGCUUAUUUUCAGACGGUACUUGUGAAGCUACAAAGUCAUUUGAGGCUACUUUGUUAAGGGUACCACUAAUUUGUCCUGGACCAUGGCCAAUGUCUCGAUCUCCAAUGAUAAUUUUAGUGAUUUCCAGGGUGAUCACUUUCAUCUUGAAGGAUAUGAGAGAAGUGAAUUAGUCAUCAAUGGCGUUGAAGGUCCUUGGUUUGAACAUGAAGAUUGUGCAGAUAUUGAUUCUCUUUACUCCAUUUGUGGCCUUAACAAUGAAGAGAAUACAUCUAAUGAACAAGUUAGAACCAACUUAUUGGAAGAUCAGCAACAAAGGAUAUCAGAUUGGACGCAAAAUCAUUUCCCCACCAACAUGGUCAUACCGGUCCAAAUCCAAUCCUCUAUCAAAGCACCAAAGAAUGAUGAUUUCCAACCUCAACUACCAGAACCUGGCAACUCUAGCAAUGAAAAACCAAAGCCGUUUUCUUUAGCAUCUUUGGACAUACUGAACAAUUAUGGCAGACUGAGCAAGAAAUCGAGUGAGGAAAACUUGAGCACUAAUGCACUAAGCUGUGAGGCCUGCAUAGGUAACAGCCACAAGUUGUCAAUGGAAGAACUCUUGAGGGCUGCUGGAGAAAGGUACGUACAAUACUCCACCCAAAGGGUAGAUGGUCUUUCUAUGUUUAUCCACGCUUAUGGUUCGGCACUCUCAGGCCUUUGUAUGGAGGAAACAAGGGAUAUGGAACUCGUCCACCUCCUCCUAACUGCAGCAGAACAAGUGAGUAAUCAGCAAUUCCAUCUAGCUAGCAAAUUGAUUUCUCGUUGUAUGUGGGUGGCAUCUGAUAUAGGUAAUCCAGUCCAGAGACUUUGUUUCUAUUUUGCUAAAGCCUUAGAAGAAAGGAUUGAUCGAUCAACUGGAAGAUACACAUGUACGGAUGAAGAUCGCCACCUCAAGUAUAUAAAAACUAUGUCAUUAGGAACCAACUCUGCAUUCUUGACCUGCCACCAAGUAAUUCCCUUCAAUCAAGUUAUGCAAUUUGCAGGAAUUCAAACAAUUGUUGAAAAUGUCCGAAGCGCAAAAAAGAUCCAUUUGAUUGAUUUUAAUAUCAGAAGUGGAAUUCAGUGGACAGUCUUGAUACAAGCUCUUGCAGAAAAAGGUGAUAGUCAAAUUGAGCUUCUCAAGAUAACUGCAGUUGGAAGCACAGAAAAAGAGAACUUUGAAGUAACAAGCAACACAUUACACAGUUUUGCCAAGUCCUUAGGUCUGCCAUUUUCAUUUGAUCUAGUUUUUGUCUCAGACAUGAAAGAUUUCAAGAAAGAAUCAGUCAAUAUUAAAUCAGAUGAGACUGUGGCUGUUUAUUGUAACUCUAUGCUAAGGACAAUGUUACCAAGACCAGAUUGUUUGGAUAAUUUGAUGAAAGCAGUCAGAAGUAUUGGACCAACCAUUAUUGUUGUUGGUGAAGUCGAAGCAAACCAUAAUUCACCAUCAUUCUUGAACCGCUUUAUUGAGACACUUUUCUUUUAUGGUGCAUUUUUUGAUUGCUUUGAGGACUGCAUGGAUCGAGGCAGUCCAUGUCGAACAACAAUUGAAGGGGUGUAUUUUGGUGAAGGUAUUCGGAACAUUGUGGCGGCUGAAGGUGAGGAAAGGUUCACCAGGAAUGUGAAGCUUGAAGUAUGGAGAGCAUUCUUUGCAAGGUUUGGUAUGGUGGAAGAAGAGCUUAGUGAGUCAGCUUGGUACCAAGCUAAUCUGAUUCUCAAGCAAUUCGCCCAAGGCAGUUCUUGUGAUAUUCAAAAGGAUGGGAAAGGCCUCAUUAUUGGGUGGAAGGGAACACCAAUUCAUUCUCUAUCCAUUUGGAAGUUCUUGUAAGAAGACAACUUUCCUUGUUGACGAAACAAAUAGGAUGCUUACUUGCACAGUUCGUUUGUACACCAUCAACGUUCUGUAGCUGGUAUGACCAUAAGGCAUCUCCAAGCUACCUAAGUCUAGAUUUUUGCUCUUAAACUCAUAUUUGUGGGAUAGAGGGCUAGUGGUACCUGCUGUCCACCUUUCCUCCUUUGUUUUGAGCAUCGUGUGAACAAAGAGUGGGCACAAGAAACGAAGGUCCUCAUAUAGAGUCGUAUAUAUAGAGUCACAUACAUAAGCAGUGCGGGAUACUAGGGAAUGGAUUGGUUAAUUACUACUCCUAUCCCUUUAGUUUGAGGAUGUUAACCACAGAAUUACAAUAUUACAAGAAACCCGUGAUUAGGCCGGAAAGCAUGAAGAGAAAUUUUUGAAGUCCAUGGUGCCAAAAGCGGAUCAGGAGGCGCUUGCAAAUUACUCUCAGCUCUGAUAUGGACAAUCCCUUGUUUCAUCGUGGAUCAUUCACUUCCAACCUAAUCCCAGGGAAUAAUGGUUCUGUUAGAGGUUGUAGAGGAGUUGUUGGCAAGAGU